UUAUGAUAAGAUACAACAAAUCAUGAACUCAAAGGCGAGCCGGUCUACCAGCGGCCAGUGAAGAGAAUGGGACAUUUCCACCGGGCUCCUUCCUUAUCCUCUCCUCAGCCCAAGGUGUGCGCGCGAGUCCCGCAGCGCAUGCGUUGAUGGGCGCGGGCGGGAGCGGAAACGGGGGCGGGGGCGGGCGGGCGGCGCGCGCUCUCCGCCUGCUGCUGCUGCUGGUGCUGGCGCUGGCUGCGGUGGAGUACCUCUUCGGCUCCAUCCUGGACGCCUCCCCGCUCAGGACGUACCUCUACCAGCCGCUGUACAACGCCACGCAGCCUACGCUCAAGGUUGACGACAAACUACCACCAGCCUGGCCUAAAAAACCACCGACGACACCCGUCCAGCCCCAGAACGAGUUUAAGAACUCUACUACCUCCAGAAACACAACCGCAGUAAAUAUGACGCGGCCAGCAGACCCAGAAAAUGUCACUUCCGUGCUGAUCAACAAAAUUAUGGAAGGCAUCAGAAAUGACGCGACUACCGAAAACCUCGACCUGAAGAAGAAUGAGACCUUCCUGCCGCUCUGUGAUGAUACUGUACCGUCAGACUUUGGACCAAUACCAGUGAAUAAAACUGAAAUAGAACUGGACUGGGUGGAGAAGAAGUAUCCCGAAGUCCAGUGGGGCGGACGGUACGCCCCGCCCAACUGUACUGCCCGCGACAAAGUGGCAAUUAUCAUCCCUUUCAGGGAUCGCCAACAGCAUUUAGCCAUAUUUUUAAACCAUAUGCACCCAUUCCUGAUGAAGCAGCAGAUCGACUACGGCAUAUUUAUUGUAGAACAAGCUGGCAACAGCGAGUUCAACCGAGCCAAGCUGAUGAACGUGGGCUUCCUGGAAAGCCAGAAACAGCGGCCUGGAGGCUGGGAGUGCUUCAUCUUCCACGACAUCGACCUUCUGCCUCUGGAUCUAAGGAACAUGUACACCUGCCCGCGGCAGCCGAGGCACAUGUCUGUGUCUGUAGACAAGCUGGACUUCAAGCUGCCAUAUGAAGACCUCUUCGGUGGAGUAUCAGCUCUGACUCUGGAGCAGUUCACCAGUGUCAACGGGUUUUCCAACAAAUAUUGGGGUUGGGGAGGCGAGGAUGACGACAUGUCUUAUAGGUUGAGAAAAAUGAACUACCACAUAGCGAGGUAUAAGACGUCCAUCGCGCGGUACGCCAUGCUAGAUCAUAAGAAAUCUUCACCCAAUCCAAAGAGGUACCAACUGUUGUCGCAGACCACCAAAGUGUUCCAGAAAGAUGGAUUAACAACCCUAGAGUAUCAACUAGUAGAAAUCACACUGAAGCACUUAUACACCCACAUUUUAGUAAAUAUAGACGAGCGUAGCUGAUGGACGUAUCUCGCCAAACUGUUGUUUGGCGACUACCGGUAACGAAGCGGGUGUGAAACUAUGUGAUAUUGUUAAAGUGGUUACCCUUGUGAUCUCCGAAAGACAUCAAGUUAAGUGAGUCCACUGGGGUUGAUUCUGUAACCUAAAAACGUAAUAGACUUUUACAAAUCAACUGACUCUGUCGUUUUAGAGGAGUUAAGGACAGCAAAGCACAAUUCGUUACAGAAAGGGCUGAGAGUGAUUCAGUCUUGUAUCAUUGUUAACCAAAUAUUACAGUAAGCAGCAUGUAAAUAUGUACAUAAAACUAGUUCAUGAAAUUACAUUUUGUAGCUAUGCGUUUGUAUAUUUAAAAUAUUUACGCAACUUUUAUGGAUUCAAUCGUACAUUCGAUGCAAUGCCCGAUUCCUAAAAGUGAUUAAUUUUGCCAAAUGACCGAGUUAAACAUUUAUAUCUGCUCAUUAGGUAAAGGAAUCGUUCUGAAAAUAGGCACCAUAAAUUACGUAUCAAUAAGUAAAGAUUUUACCAAAAUCUGACUGAAUCACAAUGCCUGUUGAUUACUUUUCGCCUUUGUAAGGUGAAUCUAGAUUUUUAUAUAAUAUCGUUCGGGGUCAAACUUCGACGAAUGAGUUUUAAGUGUAGUUUAACCGACUUGACCACAAAAAGAACCUUAUUAGUCCCCUAUUAACGAGUAACAGGAUUUUAUUCGCUGAUGGGGCAAAU